GGAAGCGCGGAGUGCGCCGGCGCGUAGUCGGGGACGCCGUGCCGAGGGUUUGCUAGGGAACAGACAGUUAUCGCCCCGCCCCCUCGGAGCUUUUUGUCCCGUUAACUGUCGGAGUGGCGGGGGCUCCGGCGCCGGGCGACAUGCCGGUGCGCUUCAAGGGGCUGAGUGAAUACCAGAGGAACUUCCUGUGGAAAAAGUCUUAUUUGUCAGAGUCUUGUAAUUCCUCCGUGGUGCGAAAGUACCCAUGGGCUGGACUUAGAUCAGAUCAAUUAGGGAUCACGAAGGAGCCAAGUUUUAUUUCAAAAAGAAGAGUCCCUUACCAUGACCCACAGAUUGCAAAAUCUCUGGAGUGGAAUGGAGCUAUCUCAGAGAACAAUGUGGUCGCAUUGCCAGAACCAGAAGCCCCGGAAACACCAAAAUCACAAGAAGCAGAACAAAAGGAUGUUACUCAAGAAAGAGUUGACUCACUAGAAGCUUCCAGGGUUCCCAAAAGAACCAGAUCUCACUCUGCAGACUCCAGAGCUGAAGGGGCUUCAGAUGUUGUGGAAAAUGAGGGUGUAACAAACCAUAUACCAGUUAAUGAAAAUGUGGAACUGGAACAUUCUACCAAGGUUCUUUCAGAAAAUGUAGAUACUGGGUUGGAUAGACUUCUGCGUAAGAAAGCUGGAUUGACUGUUGUUCCUUCCUGUAAUGCCUUGAGAAAUUCUGAAUAUCAAAGGCAGUUUGUUUGGAAGACUUCUAAAGAAACUGCUCCAGCUUUUGCAGCCAAUCAGGUUUUCCACAAUAAAAGCCAGUUUGCUCCACCAUUCAAAGGUAACUCAGUCAUCCAUGAAACUGAAUACAAAAGAAAUUUCAAGGGUUUAUCUCCAGUGAAAGAACCAAAAUUAAGAAAUGAUUUGAGAGAAAACAGAAAUCUUGAAACAGUAUCUCCUGAAAAGAAGAGUAAUGAAAUAGAUGAUCCUUUAAAAUUGGAAGCAGAGAUGGAAUUAAAAGACUUACACCAGCCUAAAAAGAAGCUUACUCCUUGGAAACAUCAAAGACUUGGGAAGGUGAAUUCCGAAUAUAGAGCAAAAUUUCUGAGCCCAGCUCAGUAUUUAUAUAAAGCUGGGGCUUGGACACGUGUGAAGGGAAACAUGCCAAAUCAGGGUUCUCUAAAUGCCAUGUGGUAUGCCGAGGUUAAAGAACUCCGAGAAAAGGCUGAGUUUUAUAGGAAGCGAGUUCAGGGGACACAUUUUUCUCGGGACCACCUGAAUCAGAUUCUGUCUGAUAGCAACUGCUGUUGGGAUGUCUCCUCAACUACAAGCUCAGAAGGAACCGUUAGUAACAACAUCAGAGCAUUAGAUCUUGCUGGAGAUACUACAAGCCAUAAGACUUUGCAGAAAUGUCCUUCUACAGAACCAGAAGAAAAAAGAAAGAUCGUGGAAGAACAGCCCCAGAAAAAUACCACGGAGAAAUUGGGCGUGUCAGCUCCUACUCUACCUGUUAGAAGGCGGCUGGCUUGGGAUACAGAGAACAGUAGUGAAGACAUACAGAAACAGCCCAGGGAGAAAGAGGAGGAGGAGGAGGAGGAUGACAAUGAGGAGAAAGGGGACAGGAAAACAGGCAAGCAGGCAUUUAUGGGAGAGCAAGAGAAGUUGGAUGUACAUGAGAAAUCUAAGGCAGACAAGAUGAAAGAAGGGUCGGAUUCUUCUUCUGUAUCCUCAGAAAAAGGAGGCCGGCUUCCUACUCCUAAGCUGAGAGAACUUGGUGGAAUCCAGAGGACUCAUCAUGAUCUCACUACUCCAGCUGUUGGUGGUGCUGUUUUAGUGUCUCCAUCUAAGAUGAAGCCUCCAGCCCCAGAACAGAGGAAAAGAAUGACCUCUCAGGAUUGUUUAGAAACUUCAAAGAAUGAUUUUACUAAGAAAGAAAGUCGCGCUGUAUCCCUACUGACUUCUCCAGCUGCUGGUAUAAAAACAGUUGAUCCUCUGCCUUUGCGGGAAGAUUCUGAAGACAAUAUCCCCAGAUUUACUGAGGCAACUCUUCCAGUUUCAAAAAUCCCAGAAUACCCAACAAAUCCCCCUGGACAGUCGCCUUCUCCACCGCAUGUUCCAUCCUACUGGCAUCCCUCUCGUCGAAUUCAGGGCUCUCUUAGAGAUCCAGAGUUUCAGCACAAUGUGGGAAAAGCAAGGAUGAACAAUUCGCAGUUACCUCAGCAUGAAGCCUUUAAUGAUGAAGAUGAGGACAGAUUGUCUGAGAUUUCUGCUCGCUCUGCAGCUUCUAGUCUCCGGGCUUUUCAGACUCUGGCACGAGCUAAGAAAAGGAAGGAGGAUUUCUGGGGUAAAACAUAAACCUAGUUGAGUUGCCUUUAUCUAAGGAAACAUUGGUAUAAUUUUUCUUUAUUGCUUACUGUGUUAAAACUUUUGAGUAUUUGAAAUUUUUCCUAACAUUUUCUAGUUUGAAAUAUUUAAUUUCCAAUAGAACGGUUUACUUGGAAAUUUUUAACAUAGGCUUAUACAAAUUUAACUUUUAACGAAUUCUUUUUACAUCUAUCCCAGAGUACAAAGACAUAGAUUAUUGAAUUCUUUACAUGUUGUAACUUUUGUAAUAGAUGUCGUGGAUAGAUUUUCACCUAUCCAGAGAAUAUUCUAAAAAGAUAAACAAAGUGAAGUAAAAGUUAAGAUCCCAGUGUGAAGUAUGUAUUUCCCUAAGAUUUGAUAUAUAUAUCUUUAUAAUUGAUGAUGUUGUAAAAUGAAUUUGUUGUUCCUUUAACCUUUGCUGUAGUGUUUCUUUUUAUUUUAGUUCCUUCUAUAUGUGUUUGCAGUGUUAAGAUAAUUGUACUUUGAAAACACCAGCUGUAUAUAUUUUUCUUAUGUAACAAAGUUGGCUGAAAUAUAUGUAUAUUUUUGAUCUUUGAGUAUAUUCUAUUUGUGUAAGGACUUUGGCUUACAUUUGAAUAAUGUCUAGAUUUUGAAAAAUUACCUGUAUAAUGGAGAAUUAAAACUCGGUAGACAUUUUGAAAUAAAAAUUGAUCAAGUGUG